CGUCGCAGCGCUCUUUCCGGCGGCGCGCGGCGGAGGCGGGGGGUGCGGGGCCGGCGGCGCCAUGGAAGGCAGCGGCUCCUCCAAGGGCCCGGGGCUCGGCGGGCUGUUCGGCGGCGGCGGCGGAGCGGGGUACUCCAAUGCAGACCUGGCCGGGGUGCCCCUAACUGGAAUGAGUCCUUUAUCCCCGUAUUUAAACUUGGACCCCAGGUAUCUCGUACAGGAUACAGAUGAGUUUAUCUUGCCCACGGGAGCCAACAAAACUCGAGGCAGAUUUGAGCUGGCAUUUUUUACCAUUGGAGGAUGCUGUAUGACAGGGGCAGCAUUCGGCGCACUGAAUGGUUUACGACUUGGCUUGAAGGAGACACAGAAUAUGGCAUGGUCAAAACCUAGAAAUGUACAAAUUCUAAAUAUGGUGACAAGGCAAGGAGCAUUGUGGGCAAACACUCUGGGAUCUCUGGCUCUACUUUACAGUGCGUUUGGAGUUGUCAUUGAAAAAACACGAGGUGCAGAAGAUGACCUGAACACCAUAGCUGCUGGAACCUUGACAGGAAUGCUGUACAAAAGCACUGCUGGAAUGCGUGGGAUAGCACGAGGAGGUGUUGUGGGGCUGACGCUUACUGGGCUCUACGCUCUCUAUAACAACUGGGAGCAUCUGAAGGGCUCCGUUGCCCGGCAGUCCCUCUGAGCAGGGCAGCCAGCGCUGGACAAGGACAUGCUUGCACAGUCACCAAUCAAACCAGCUGUGAGAUCUGUCUGGUGUCCCUUCUUAUUUUAUUUCCAAUUAGUGGGAAACUGAAAGAAGCUGCUGGGAGGAACCUCUUGAUGCCAUGUAGCUGGACUGGCUCUUUUCUUUCUGCCAGCCAGUUGCUGGAGGCAGUGAUUUUUUUGUUGGACCUGCAAGUGAGCAGUGGCCACCAAGCUAGAAUCUCCCUACACGCUCACCACUAGCCCUGGGCCAGAGCUACGAGGCGUGCUCGAGUCCCAUAGCUGUACCUGCUGCACUACCAGGUUUGUUUGGUUGCGUGUACUAGAGCGGUCAUGCUGGGUAAUAAAGUCUGUGUCCAUAUUCCCUGCACUCUUUCACCUCGCCUCACCCAGCCAGCGCCCGGGCAGCGGGCGCCUUCAGUAGCAGCCAGCACAGGGCAGGGCUCGUUACUCUGACAGCACGGGGCAGGCUGUAUUGAGGGGCAUCAUCAUUAAUAAAGAGGGUGGCACUUAACGCAAUACCUUCUCUAUGUUUUACUGUUCCUACUCCUGAUAAGACAAAAGUGCGCUGCAUCCAGCAACUCUUUAUUUACUGUUCUUCUUUGAAGGACUGAUGUGAUAAAAUCCUGGUGAAGUCGGGGUGAGGAGAAGUGAACAAGCAGGCCGAUUGUCUCCUGUUGUGGGGUGACAGCAAGGCGUACCAGGGCGCAACUCCCUCCCUUACUUCCUUACCAGUAAGGAACUGGUUGUUUCUGGGCAAGGUACAUUUGCUGUUGCAGAGCAGCUGCCAUUGGAUUAUUGAAACACUGGGGUGCUCCAGGAUCUCAGACCUUGUUUAGCCAACAGUUAGAAACCAAGCAGUGUAAACACUCCUCUCAUUGCCUGUUAAAGACGUUUUAAUUGGCGAUAAGCUUUGUCCCCCAAGUAAUAUUUGUAGGUUACUGACAGAGUGAAGACGGGAUGAACCUACACCACUUCCAGUGUUAAAAUUGAACCGCUUCCCAAGCAUUGCUGGCAGGUAAAUUAAACAGUAAGUUAUUAAUUAGUUCUACAAUUAGAGCUAACCUAGAGCUAACCCGAUAUCUUCAGUUUCUAAAUAAUUAAACAAGUCUGAGUGUGAAGGCAGGGCAAGGCUAAAACAAUAAAGUUCCUACUCAGUAGAUAACUUAAUGCAGAACAGGAGCUAACUUUGAGGUCUCUCUGCUGAAAUAGCUCUUGAUAACUGGCAUCACACCCAACAAAAUAACAACAGAAGUAUAGUAGAAAGAAAGCAGUAGCACUUACCUUCCUCUAAAAAGCAGCAGCUCUUCUAAGAAGCCUCUUAAGGAUAAGGCAACCCCUAAGACCAGCUUUUUAUAGAGCAAGUCCUCCAGCUAACGAGCCUUCACAGCUGAACUCAAUUGGCUUGCUUGGCUACCAGGGCAAAAUGGAUGCUUUAUACCAGCACUCAACAAGAGUGAGCAUAAAGGGAAAGAACUGGGCCUUUUUCACCUUUGUGAAUGCUGUUUCUUAUUAAGCCUGAUAUUCCACUGUCUUUUAGCAGGCUGCAUGUUACUGUUGUGCUGCUAGAGCUAGACCUAGCGGGCCUUUUUUGAGGGCUCUACCACCAAAGAAAGGUGCCAUGGGCUCUAGCUGCACAGCACUAUCAUGUGGGACAUAAGGAAAACGCAUGCACUUUUCCUGAGCUCUUUCUCUCCAGUGGCAUCAGUGAGUUCCUUUCCACCCUGUGUUUCUUGGUCACUGUUAGUCGGACUGAAACGACUCCUGCAUGCUUGGCAAUGCUGGAUGAGGGAUCGAUAGCUGCCUUGGGGGCUCAGUGCUUUUUAAGCACAAGGAACUUUGCAGUGUAUAUUAUAAGUUUUCUAGAGACUUUUUCAGGACUUGAACUAUGACCUCAGAGCUCUGCCCGUCAUUGAAGUGGAACAGCUGUGAAGGAAGCAGGGCAGGAACAAGCUUUUCUAAGCUCAAAGUUGCCACAACUUUCAGGCGAGGCUGCCUCUUGAGGCAACUCGGCACAUUAUCUGGUGUGCAGUGACCUCAAGUUUCAUGGAAUUGCUUGCUUCAGGGGCAGAGCUGAGUGUAUAUUUCUAAAAUAGCUUUGUCUCUAGGGCUAUUAAAUGCUUUAGUUCAUAACCCAGUUGUAUGUGGAGCCAUCCGUAGCUUGAGCUGUGAAACAGCCAGCACACAGGCAGCAGUGAGGGGGGCGAAAGGGUUCUUAAGUACAUCUUCACAAUGUUCUGUGUCAAGACUUAUGUGUUCACAGUUUCACAGUGAAUGAUCAGUAUAAAGGUGUUACUUAAAGCACCCACAGUGUAUGAGUUCAACAGGAAUAAAAGGAAGUGAAAGCAAGUUACAAGCAGGAUUUGGCAGGCGAGUUCUAGCCCUACCUUGUGCUGUUGCACAACUGGGAGCAUGGGAGAGCUUGGCCAUGCUGAAGAACAGUGUUUUCUCCUCUGGCAGUGCCACUCAUGUCGUUGUGCUGGUGCGCUUGAGGCAGGUUCUGCGCUGUGGCAGCAAGUGAGGGAGUCGCACAACGGGUAUAGUGAAAGCUUUUUGGAUCUCAUAGAGCAGCUUUUGUGUAGUUGUUGGAAAAGAGGCAGGCAAACCGCUUACACCCUUCCCUGCCAGCAGGGAACUUCUCUGACAGCUGGGGGAAUUUGCUGAAAAAUCACUGGUCACGUGGAAGGAAUCUCCACCUUCCCCCUUGAAGCAGAAGCUGAAAUGUAUUUUAGGGUAGAAAAAUGAUCCAGUGUUCACAGCCCAUGUUUCCCCUGAUCUAAUCCAGGACUGAAAAAGGACUGGAGGAAAUCCUGGUUUGUGCAUUAAUGGAAGGUUCCCCCUGUGCUUAUACAUUCUAGGUAGGAAAAGUGCUGUGCUAGGAGCUUUGUGACUCCUGUCCUGUGCUGGUGCCUGCCGGGCGCUGCAGGAGCACCAAAGGGAACCACUGCCCUUUUUGGUACUUUCACAGCAUCCGUGUGUUCCCCGCUGGCGUCUCUGCUGUGCGAUCGGCUGCCUGCCCUGCACCACAGCCGGCUGGAGCCCAAGGCAGCCCAGGAGCCCUGCAAACAGGUUCUCGUGAGGGAAGGAUGCGGCUGCUGCCACUCAUGCCCUCUUGUCCUUUGCUUAAAAAGGCUCCACAGCAGUGCUGGCUAUUGUGACAGAUUUCCCCGGGGCUCCAUGCAUGGCUGAUAAAGGAAAUGGCAAUUUGCUUUGCUCACCUACGCUGUGCCACAGCCUGUGCUGCUGCCAUCAGAAGCUGCCGAGCACUGCCUUUCCCUCUUCACUGAGGUCUGGGGCACCCGUCCUCACUGCCCACAGAAGCUCUCAGACAGGGAUGCAUUAGGCGCGCUCCCAGCUUGCUGAGAGUCCCCUGCCUGAGAGGAGCCGAGAAGCUCUGUCCUUGCACCAAGACGAUCGUGGUGUAAUCACAAAGCAUUGUGGUUACUUUGCACAGAAGUAUGUUUGCAGGAUUCGUUACAGAAACUCAGCUAAGGCAGAAGGGGGAGGUAACCACUCCAACUCCACAGGGAGGGAGAGAGGUGGAAUUAAUCCUUCCUCCGUACAAGGCACCAAUCUGAUAAUCUUGGAUUGUUCAAACAAAGGUCUCCCAGUGUUUGAGAAGCCACCAAUGGCAUUUUCAGCUCCUGCUGUUCUGUCCUCCUUGUCUUUGGAAGACUAUAGGUAUUUUGUUCCCCGUCUUUGAAAGCUAAACAUUCAUGAUGCGUGUCCACAAAUUCACCACGUGGCUGCAUCCAACAACGCGCCUCCACUCCACUUAGAAUAGCUGUGUGCGUGCACCCCCCAUGAAAGAGGUGGUGUGGGUGAGAGGCUGCCAGGCCCAGCUCCAUGCUGACCCCUGAGAAAGUCCUCUUAAUGGUACAACGCAGCCUGGAGGUUAAAGGAAUGGAAAAGCCUCCAAGGAGGAAAAAACCAUGCAGACUCUGAUGUUCAAACAGCAGAAAAGCCAGAGAAGAGCAAACUUCCACUUGUGUAGCCAGACCAAAGACGUUCUACAGCCAUGGGAGGACUGAAAGCUCCCAAAAUCCAGAAAUCCCCCUUAAGUACACAACAGCAAGAAGAAACAAACACCACUUUGUCUCAAUCUGUAUUUCCUCCAGCAGCGGCACCGGCCAUCCCAGCCCUGUGUUCAGGGGCUGGUGGUGCUGGGCAGAACAAAGUUGUCCGUUCGGUGUGUUCUGGCGCCAGGGUUUCCUGGCUUUGCCAGCUCCACACGCUGCAGGGAGUGGUGAAACACAGAACUACAGCACAGGAAUCCACUAGAGGGAUGGAAGCACAGCUUCAUCGGCAUCCAGACAAGUGAACGCCAGGCAACAUAGCCCAGCAUUGUUAACCGCCUUGCAAAGAAGACACAACACACCCUUUGGUUGCAAUUAUUUUUUAAUGGAAAAGACUAAUCGAUGUUGUACAUAAAUAUGAAUUAGUGAUGAGUCAGUUGAGUGAGGGAAGAAAUACAUGGCCCAGGUCUUAAAGGCGCGUAAUAAACUGACAAAGUAGCACACAAUGACAGCUACAGGGAAGUGUAAGAGGUGGGCUGCACGUCAGUAGUCUUCAUUAGGUUCAACUGCUAAUCAAUUAGGCUGUUACCGGAGCUGGUCACAGUUGCAGUUUUCCCAGGCAGCAACACAGACUCGGGCAAAGGGCAUGUGGACUCCAAAACCAUGUUCCUGCUUCCAGCAGAAAGCCCCAGCCAUGACUGUAUGGAAGUCUCAAGCUGCCUGCUGAUGGGAAGCCCCGAGAGGUCUGACUUCACAUAUGCAGCGUCCUGUGCUCAGACUGAAAACUACCUUUUAACGAAAGGCACAGGUUCUACCGGCUGGGAACCUGUUGACACUGCAGGGAUACUGAGGUUGGGUCUGGCUAAUAUUUUUUUUUUACAGUGUUUUGAAGAACUGAAGUCACUUUUAUUCCCAGACAGGCUUUGGGGAUGAGGGGAGGCUAUUCUUAUAGAAUAAGAGCAAUUUAAGUGAGUAGAAGCUGCACCAGAAACCACAUUAACUUCACAGUUUUUCAUGCAAGCUGACAGGUAUGAUUCACAUUUCCAUCUCGCAUCUCCACCCUCCUUCCCACAGGCUCAAAAUGGUAAAGACUUAUCACUCCUGUUCCCUCCACCGCUACAGAAAGCAGUUACUCAACCCCACCUUCAUAUGCAGAACACGAGAAUCCACAGCUUAUAUAUCUUUAAAAUGGAUCAGUGGAAGCCACAGUUUGCUGAAUUAGCGUUUCCCAAUUAAACAGCACAACAUUGAUGUGACGAAAUAUUACCUUUAAAUAUUAUGUGGCUACUGGUGGUUUAGUCAGCAGAAAUUCAUUUUGAAUUGUCUAAAACUAGCAGAAACACAGUUUAUCUCACAGCUUUUUCCAUGAAAUCCAAAGUCACUAAAUGCUGCGGACAUUGCAGGUGCUGAUCUACUGACACAGGUGAAUUAACACCCUGCCCUGUUCUCAGAAUGGCUAAAAAAUCAGAAAGUUUUCAUUCAAAGCUCAGUUCCCAGUCUCCUGCCAUGUGUCCACUCCCAUAAAUGCAUGCCUUUUUCCAAACCCAGACAUCCACACACUCAGCCAGGAGGCGCACCAAUACAGGACACAAAUGAAACCUUCGAAGUUAGCAACUGCUCAAUAAAAGAAACUGCUUCCCGAGACAGCCUAAGUGAUGUUGCAAUCCCAGCUGGAACCCAACCCAUGACAAAGCUGUAGCAGCUGAAAGAAAUGGCAGUGCUUCAAAAGUCACUGCCAAAGGUGGAUAUUUCACAGCACCGGGGAAAUUUUGCUUUGUACUUGCACUGGCUUCGACGUACUUGAAGUGACAACCCAUUAAAGAAGAUUCAUGUAGACCCAUAACAGACAGGAAUUUACUAACACCUCUCUAGUAUCAGAUUGCUUAUGCUCAGUGGGCUUACAUUUGAGGAUUAAUCAUAACAAAAAGAAAUCUUCAGCACCUCAACUCUGUUACACGAGUAAUCUUUCUGUUUGUUAUAAUUUUAGAAGAAAAAGCAGAUGGCCAAACACAAACACAAGGAUUCAGCUGGCUGCAGUCACUCAGCGUGGUGUGCGAUUGAUCAGCAGGAAGGGGAUGAGUUCAACACUUCCACUUCUUCACAUCUAAACAAAUUUAAAUACGGUUAUACUCUCUGAUAAACAGAAAGCAACAUUUUUUGG